AUGCUCGAAUCUCCCCAUCUCCUCUCUGCUAGCCUGGCACUAUCGACCGCAAGUUUUGAGUCAAGAGGUAUGACAGAAGUUGAAGGAACCAGCACAUCUAGGAUCAUGGAACAUCUUCAGUCAUCUGGCCUGCCACUACUGAGAUCAGCGUUGGCACAAGGACAGCAGAGCGAGAUUCUUAUUGCAACAUGUCUGAUCUGGUGCCUGGCCGAUGUCUUUUCGGGACAGCAGGGGAUGUUUAGGUGGCCGAUUCAUCUACAGGGUAUCAAAGCUCUUCUCCACGGCCGUCAUGAUUAUCAGAGAUUCGUGGCGGGUGACACAGCCUUGAGAUCUGCGAUGAAGCAUCUCUUCAUGCUGUAUCGGAGUUUGGAGACUCUACCGCACGUACCUAAAAUAACAUCAGAGAAGGUCAACUUGAUCGUUCCCGCGAACACGGCAUACAAUCAUCAGAUUGAUGGCUUUCUGGGGUAUAGCGAAGAGCUGCUCGACAUAUUACAACAAAUCAAUGCAUAUACACCAGGAUCAGGGUCAGAAGUCUCUGCUAUUGAUGCAGAUACCUUACUCGGCAAGCUGAACGCUAUGAUAAGGAGGGAUGUCAAGUCGCCGCCAGGCGUAUCAAUUUCCUCGCUUUCAUCACAAUCAGGUCGCGACUUUGCACUCUGCAACAAAGUCUUUCAACAAGCGACUCUGAUUCAGCUAUAUCGACAAUUAUACGGCCUACCCUCAUCAUCACAACCUAUACAAAAUGCUGUUCAUACUAUGAGCGGAAUGAUAAGCAACAUGGCCCAAGGAGAGCCAUGCAACACUUGGGUCGCGAUGGCGAUGCCUCUGUUUACAGUAGGUUGUGAGGCUUACAAGGAGGAGCAGAAGACCUUCAUUCUUGACAAGAUCCACAAACUUGAGAUUUGUAUCGGCUCGUUGCAUGUCAAGGUGAUUGAGCAGGCGCUCCAAGAUAUUUGGAAAAUCAGAGAAGAUUGCAACGAUUUCGAGGGGAAUCUGUGUGCCAGUCACUUGCUGGGUGAGUUACCCCCUUAA